AUGAAAGAUGACCCUCCAUCCAAUCUGAGCCCUUCUCAUGAGUCCUACCCUCAAGCGGAUCAACCUUCAACUUAUUCCCAUCCCGAUGAUUACGAACCAAGCACUAAGCAACUCAAAGUUGUUGGCUCGUCUCGUGGUAGAAUGACACAUCAAAUGCGUCUUCCCAUUAUACUUCCAAAACUGCCAGAUAAGCCUUCAACAUCACAAGGCAGUGCGGCGAUCCGUCUGAUAAAUGCUCCGCCAGUAAUACCUCCAAGCGUUUCAAAUCCACGUCCGCUGAUUUCACUCCUCGAUCGAACGGAAUUCAGAAACCCCUCUCGUGUGAUUCUGGCAACACCGCCAACCCAAAAACCAAAAAAGUCAUUGUCCGAAAAGCUUCAGUUGCUGCAAAGACUGCGUGGUGAAAAUAAGUUUCUGCAAGAAUCGAUUCAGAAGAAGCAGAACGCGUGUCAGGGAAGGAGCUCAACAAUUGCAGAGAUCCGCGAGACGACCGAUAAAAUGAUUCAUCAGAGCCAACUACUCAGAGAAACGUUGCAUAACAUUGAAGAAGAGAACGAACGAUUGAGAAGGCAACUGAACUAA